AAAGAUGCUGAGGGAAAUACGAAGAUGGCGUGCUGUGGGAACAUUUUUUGUUGCCAAUGUUGUGCAGGUGAAGGCGAGACGCGGACACCCGAAGAAUUGGCCAUCCUAGGGGAGCUCAGGGAGGAGGAGGAAGAAAUUCUACCCAGAAAGGAUUACGAGAGUCUGGAUUAUGACCGCUGCAUCAAUGAGCCAUAUGUGGAGGUUCUGGAGGGAUUGAACAACAAGAAAGCCAAGAAGUAUGAAGCAGUGCGGUGGGUCCUGGUGUUUGCCAUUGGAGUCACGGUUGGCCUGGUUGGCCUGUUUGUCGAUUUCUUCGUACACCUCUUCACCUCAAUCAAGUUCAGCUUGGUGGGACAUUCCGUGGAGGUGUGCAGUGAGAAGGGCUGUCUGGCCCUCUCCCUCCUCGAGCUGAUGGCCUUCAACCUGACCUUUGUGUUCAUCGCCAGUAUGCUGGUCCUCAUCGAGCCCGUAGCAGCAGGCUCGGGAAUCCCCGAGAUUAAAAGCUACCUGAACGGGGUGAAGAUCCCUGGGAUCGUCCGCCUACGAACGUUCCUCUGCAAGGCCGUCGGGGUGCUGUUCACCGUGGCCGGAGGGAUGUUUGUGGGGAAGGAGGGACCAAUGAUCCACAGCGGAGCUAUCGUGGGGGCCGGCCUCCCACAGUUUCAAAGCAUCACUUUUAAGAAGAUUCACUUUGACUUCCCCUACUUUCGCAGUGACCGGGACAAGAGAGACUUUGUGUCAGUGGGGGCGGCGGCGGGCGUGGCGGCUGCCUUUGGGGCUCCUAUCGGAGGGACCCUCUUCAGCCUGGAGGAGGGAUCCUCCUUCUGGAACCAGGCUCUCACCUGGAAAGUGCUCUUCGGUUCCAUGUCUGCAACGUUCACGCUCAACUUCUUCCGCUCUGGGAUCAAUUUCAACAAGUGGGGCUCCUUCCAGCUGCCCGGUCUGCUGAACUUUGGAGAGUUCAAGUGUAUGGAGGGAGAUAAGACGUGCCACCUGUGGACGGUGGUGGACCUGGCGUUCUUCGUCCUCAUGGGUGUGGUGGGGGGGCUGCUCGGAGCCCUCUUCAACUGCCUCAACAAACACCUCGCCAAGUACCGCAUGAGACACAUCCACCCUAAGGCCAAGUUCGUCAGAGUCUUGGAGAGUCUGUUGGUCACCAUGGUGACGACGUUGGUGGUGUUUGUGGCCUCCAUGACGCUAGGUGAAUGCCGAGACCUGAGCCCCCCCUCCCACCGGAACGGCUCCAUGAUGCUGGGCGGGGCAGAGGACAUCAACUCCACGGUGCGCAGUUUCUUCUGCCCCAACAGUACCUACAACGACAUGGCCACACUCUUCUUCAACCCCCAGGAGGCGGCUAUACACCAGCUCUUCCACCAGGAAGGAACCUUCAGCCCGGUGACGCUGUCGGUGUUCUUCCUGCUCUACUUCCUGUUGGCGUGCUGGACGUACGGCACGGCGGUCCCCAGCGGCCUGUUCGUCCCCUCGCUGCUCUGUGGCGCCGCCUACGGGCGCCUAGUGGCCAACCUCCUCAACAUAAACUUUGGGAUGAACGUGUACUCGGGGACCUUCGCUCUGAUUGGAGCAGCCUCCUUCCUUGGGGGCGUGGUCAGGAUGACCAUCAGUCUGACUGUCAUCCUCAUCGAAUCGACCAAUGAGAUCACAUACGGCCUGCCAAUCAUGAUAACACUGAUGGUGGCUAAGUGGACAGGGGACUUCUUCAACCACGGUAUCUACGACAUCCACAUCCACCUGAGGGGCGUGCCUCUGCUGGAGUGGGAGACAGAGGUGGAAAUGGACAAGCUGACGGCCAGUGACAUCAUGGAGCCCAACCUGACGUAUGUGUAUCCGCACACGCGUGUCCAGUCUCUGGUGAGCAUCUUGCGCACCACGGCCUACCACGCCUUCCCCGUGGUGACCGAGAACCGGCCCAACGAGAGGGACUUCAUGAAGGGAAACAUUCUGGUCAGCAACAACAUACACUUCAAGAAGGCGAACAUCGUGACGCGUGCGGGGGAGCAGCGGCGGCGGUGCCAGUCCAUGAAGUCGUACCCGUCCAGCGAGCUGAGGAACGUGUGUGACGAGCAGGAGGCCGCCGCCGACACGGCCGCCGUGGCCGCGGCCGGCGCCCAGAACGCCCAGGAGGGCGAGGACAUGCUGCAACAGAUGCUGGACCGCAGGUACGUGCCCUACCCCAACCUGUACCCCGACCAGUCCCCCAGCGAGGAGUGGACCCUGGAGGAGCGCUUCAGACCGCUCACCUUCCACGGCCUGGUCCUGCGCUCGCAGCUGGUCACGCUGCUGCUGAGGGGUGCCUGCUACGCCGAGAACCAGUCGAGUGCCACCCAGCCCAGGCUGUCCCACGCGGAGAUGACGGAGGACUACCCCCGCUACCCUGACAUCCAUGAACUGGACCUGACCCUGCUCAACCCCCGCAUGAUAGUGGACAUCACGCCCUACAUGAACCCGUGUCCCUACACCGUGUCCCCCAACACACACGUCUCCCAGGUGUUCAACCUCUUCAGGACCAUGGGGCUCAGACACCUACCGGUGGUCAACGCUGUUGGGGAGAUCGUGGGGAUUAUCACCAGACACAAUUUAACCCACGAGUUCCUCCAAGCCAAGCUCCGGCAGCAUUACGUCACCAUCUGAACCCCUGGCCUCCUGCAUUUCCAGAUGUUCUCCUGAGCUCCUCUCUCCAAACACGCACGGUACUUAGACCCCUUGUGUACGCGUUAGACAUGACCGUUUCCCUGUCGUUAUGGGGGCUCGCGUGACCACACCGCCAGACAACUUUAGACUUCCACUUUCCUCAGCGAAGGGCGAAUGCUAUUCUAUCAUUUAAAUAGCACGACAUGUGAAGCAUGUUCCUGCAUUGUUUUAUUCAAAGGGGUGCACCACUACUCGUAUUGGCUUCUGGGUUAUCAUUAUAGAUAUAGGUUAUCAAUAUAGAUCAAUAGAUACUGGUACAUAUCCCUAAUACAUUUAAUUAUCUAAAAUCACAUACCACAUCCGAUUUCCUGAUUUAUGCUUCUUUAACACAUUGCUAUCUCUGUAUGAACGGGCAGAUAACACUGCAGAUAAUUGUGUGUGGGACUUUAAAUUGGUUGCUCCCCUCCUAAAAUGUGGUGUUGUGCAUCCCAAACAUUAUUUCAUUUGUAUUAUAUCUGCUUCAUUUCAAGCUUUCAGUUUUCGUUGUUCAAUAGCAUAGCGAAUAUUAUUGGGGGUCAACACGCACCAACACUAACUGUUCUACCAAAGUGAAGUUAUCCUACACUUGAACUUGUUCCUUUUUGUCUUCUCCCUAAUCCUAAUAACCUAAAUUCCCCUGCGACUAAACAUCAUAACCUCGUCACUGUAGCACUUUUAAUUAUGAUUUUUUUUAUCUGUAAAUAUAAUUUUGCAUUUGCCGUGUCUGUGAAGGGGAAUGCAGUUGCACUAAUAGCUUGCGUCACUGUCGCAAUGCGGGCCUUCAGCAGAGAGGCUGGUCUUUUAAUAACAAAACGGGGCUCUCUCGCCAGGCGGGUUCACCUUGAGACGGCCCAGUCCAACUGGGUCGACUCGCUGUGCUCAUUAGCAGCCUGUGUGCUGCUGAGUGUGGCAGUGGACAGAGUGCUCCCUCCUCUGAGUUAAUGGCAAAUGUAUUUUUGUUCUGUGUUCAGGGAAAGUGUACACAAUGUGUUUACCUGUCUUGAGGGAUGAUCAAGCCAUGGUGCUUUUUUGUUUUGUUGAAUGAAGGAGUUGUAUGAGUUAAUCACUAUCCUUAAAGGGUGAUUCAAAGGGGAAACGUUUUGAAGCGUGUAGCAUGUUUCCAGUUCGCUUGGAAACGUCAAGCGUCUACUGAAGGACACCAUUCAAGCAGUUGAGGUGAUGAAUGUGGUGUCAUUGUAGUGAUUUUUUUUAUUUUAAGACUAGACUGUAGAAGGGAAAUGAACAAAGGACGUAGGAAAGCGCAUAUACUGUGAGAGUAUUCCAGAAAAACGACCCUAAUGGCACAUUUAAGCAUCAAACAUUCCUUAUGUAUCGCUUAUCCUCCUUUUGUUUAUUGAAGAUAUUUUUAGGUUAUUAUUUUUUUAAUCAGUUGACAUAUAAUUUAAUGUAUUUUUGAUGUGUAAUUCACACACACAUUUGAAGUACAAACCAACAAACGCAAUCCCUGGAAAAUGGUGAGAAAUACUCUAGCUGUAUAGUCAUCCAUUACUUUGAAUAUGACUUGCAUUUUAUCCGGACUAUGUGGUAGUAUCUUAGUAUUAAAGUCUCUGGUCGUGACUGUCAAGGGAUUACAAGACACACACAUUUAAACAGGGAGGCCUUAUUCAAAGGACGUUGAAGUUUCCAUUGUUUGUGGAAUACUUGUGUCUUACAUGGUGAACCUGCCUUGGAGGUUGAGUUGUUGCGCUGUACUCGUUGUGGAAUGGAAACCAAACUCGGGGCCAAGAGCUUUUUAAUGUACAAUAAAACAAAUGCAGAAAUUUCUGUCUCAUGCUUUUCUUCCACCCUCGAUGGCUUUUGUCAUGCAUACAAAUUUGGUCCUAUUUAAUUCAGCAUUUGCUGGAUUUCUAAAUGGUGAUUGUACAUGGUAAACACUUUUAUCCAAAGCAGCCUACCGUGGAUUUAUUUUCCAUUGGAUCCAUGUCAUUAGCGAGCGAGGUGGGUGUCAGGGCAUCUUGCUCAGAGAUGCCGACAGGUAGAUUGCAGACAUUGGGGAUCGAACCUGGAAACUCCAGACAAAGACUAUGGUGCCCUGAGAAAUGUUUUUAUUCUUGAAUUAAAAAUUACAUUUAUAAAACUGCCCUUAAAAUAGCAGCAUGUGAACAUAUAACAUCAAUGUACUAAUGCAAUACUGAGUUGUUAGUUAACAUGUAGUAUACAUAUUCUCUGAACACGCUCAAUCAGGUGCUGCGAGGUCUGUUCCAGCUAACUGUUUUCCACAUUAUGCUGAUGCUGGGAGAGCAGCCAGCCUGGCUGCUAAUCAGGCUAAUCUUCACCCAGGGUGGAACACACAUUUAAACCCUGAGCCCUCUGCAUCAGGCACCUGUCACCUUUUUCACUUCUUUGGAUAAAAGUAAUUAUUAAAUAACUGAACUAUAAAUAAACGGUAUGGUGGUCAGAUUCCCACAAAUUAAAAGCACACCUCCAAAGCUCUGUACAGUUCAGGUUUGUACAAAAUAAGUUCACAUCCAGUCUGGACUGUAAUGUUAAAAUAAAAGCGUGUUCUGAACGGUCUGCUUGGUUCAGGUGUCUACAAAAUAAAAGCGCAGCCGGUCUGAUCUCUCCCAGUUGGCUGUGUCUGGGUGGAGGGUUAAAAUGGUGGGUAGAGUCUGAAUGAGUGUAGAGGUAAUAGGACCUGACAGCGGAGCUCUGCUGGCUCUCAUAUGGCGCUAAAGUAUGGUGACACCUCAGCUGUGAUGGCUGCCAGGAGUCAUUAUACCCCCACCCCAUUAAUGUCCACACUGCUGUCUGCAAAGCAUUUUUCACACCAUGAACUGGUCACUUGUUGGGUAUUAAUAGAACGGGUCUAUUUCUGACAUUGAGAUAAUACCACUGUUGUGUCUUGCUUCAGGAUUGACGUGAAUUGAACAGGUGUUUCUUAUUGCUU